AUGGGUGAGACCACGCGCGCGCCGGAAAGCCCGCUCUCGGGCGGCACCCAGAGCGGCGUUUCGGCCGAUCCUUCACAGGGCAACACAUCGACCAACCCAGCAGCCACCCCGUCAGCUCCUGUGCUCGACCUCUACGAGCCUAUCACAUCAGAUGUGAUUCUAGAAGUCCGCAGUGGCAAGAUGAAGGCGCUCGAGGGCCUCAAAAUCACGUCGGCCAUUGACAAGGACCUGUGUACGGGCCGCGUCAAGCGGGAGUUCCCGGCGGCUGCCGCCCGCUUCCGCUCCGGUGGCUUUGGCGAGAACCUCGUCUUUGCGCACCUCAACGAGCGCAACAUCCACAUAGGCGACGUGUUUGCCGUGGGGCCCAAGAUCAACGGCAAGACGCACACGGGCCUCUCAAACGAGGAUCUGCAGGGCGACUGUCUCUUGCUCCAAGUCAGCCUGCCGCGCCAGCCCUGUUUCAAGCUCAACCACCGCUUUGGCUUGCGCAACUUUGCGCCCAACACGUGGAAGACGAGCCGCACGGGGUGGUACUACCGCGUGCUGCGUCCCGGAACGGUGCAGGCGGGCGACGAGGUGCGGCUGGUGCGGCGGCCAAACCCGGCCUGGCCGCUGGAGCGCGUGCAGGAGUAUCUGCAUCGGUCGCCCAACGAGAUGGCCAUGGUGGAAGAGCUGGCGGCGAUUGACGAGUUCGGCGCCGAGUGCAAGAACCAGUUCAAGAGCCGACUGGCCAAGCAUGAGGCGCAGCAGCGCAAGAAGGCGCGGCUGGCGGAGGGCGGCGACGGCAAACCGGACGACAAGUGGCUGCCGUUCCGCGUCGUCGAAAAGACAAAGCAAACACCCCGGAUCGUGUCGUUUGUGUUUGAGGCGGUCGACCCGCCCAAGCCCGACGCCGAACCAAACGACGACGAGCUGGACCCCGGCUCGCAUGUCAGGCUGCGGCUGGGCGGUGACGGCGAUGGUGGGGAUCAGAAAGACGGGGGCCUUGUCCGCUCCUAUUCCAUCGUCAAGGGAAACAAGCGCCGUUUCGAGCUCGGCAUUGCCUACGACGCGGCCACGUCGCGCGGUGGAUCCCGCUUCCUGCACGAGGCUGUCUCUGUCGGCAGCAUUGUCCAUGCCAGCGCCUUUGCCGCGGGAGUGCCCAUCGUAUCCGCCGCCAGCCACCACGUUUAUGUGGCCGGCGGGGUCGGCAUCACGGCAUUUUUGGCCCAUCUUGAGUCACUGACGUCCAUCAACUACAGCUGCGUGCUGCACUAUGCUGUGCGCAGCGCCGAGGAGGUUGCCUUUGCCGAGCGGCUCAAGGCACUCGGGCCGGACGUGGUGAUUGUCUACGACGCGUCCAAAGGCCAGCGCAUGGAUAUUGCCUCGAUUGUGAGCAGCCUGCCGUGGAACGCCCACAUUAGCUUUUGUGGUCCGACGCGCAUGAUGGACGCGGCCCUCGAGGCGACACGUGCGUCUUCGCUGAGCGACAGCGACGUGCACUUUGAAGCCUUUUCGGCCGACACGACGGGUGAUCCCUUUGACGUUGUGGUGCGGAAGGCAGAAGACGCCUCCAACGGCGACAACGCAAACGGCGACGCGGGCGGCGCGCGGGCCAAAACGCUGCGGGUUGGCGAAGACGAAACGCUUCUGGAGGUGCUGCAGCGCGAGUUUGGUGUCGAUGCAGUGGCGUCGUCGUGCGAGGUGGGCAACUGUGCGACAUGCAAAGUCACUGUGCGCGCCGGACGCAUCGACCACCGCGGCACAGCAUUGACAAGCGAAGAGAAGGCUGCGGGCAACAGCAUGUUGUCGUGUGUCAGCCGCGGCAUUGGGCGCGUCGAGAUUGAGAUUUGA